AUGGAUACCAGAGACUCUGAAGAUAAGCUCUCUCGUCCCAUGACUAGAUUGACACGACGGAUGUCAGAUGCUCUCGGAGAUAGGAACUUAAAUCCCCGUGUAGUGCUUGAUGAGCUCUACAGACCCAGUCUUAAAACUGAGGAUCCCAACUUGAUGAAAUCCAAGAAAGUUUCAGCAACACCAGCACCUAAAGCACCUGCACCCUCCACCAAGCCUGUCGCACAGAUCAGCGCGACGGGGAACAGACAUGAUUCAUCGGCUCUCAAGCGGUCCAACAUGGCAGACUACCAGAGGACGAUGAUGCUCAAAGCCCAGAGCGCUGAUUUAUCCAAAGUUAACCACCUUACCCAGAGUGUGCAUCCGAGACGUGUGAAUAACGUUCCAAGAAAAGAGACUAUUCAUUCCAACGAAUCUGACAAACAGAAACUUGUUGCUACCAAGACACGCCCCAGAAAUUCCUCUAGAGGGUUCACGUGGUGUUUGUGGGGUUUAGUUCGCCUGGUAGUUCUCCUGUUAGUUCUCCUGGUACUAUUUGUGGUUGGGACAUUGCUGAUAUACAAGAUCGUCCCUUUACUCCAAGACAUGACACGUGGUGGAGGGCAGUCAUCCAGGGCUGUGAAGCUAGUAAGGUUUGCUGAUCAAUUGUCUGAUCUUCAGACUCAGUUCCCCAGUCAGCGGCCUGAGUUGUGGAGGAUGAGCAAAAUCCACCUGGAGAAGCACCUUGAAACAGCCCAUCCCUCUGAGCCAGUCAGUCUGAUUUUCACUGCAGGCCAGAAGGCUGAGAGGACACUGCAGUGCCUCGCUCGGGGUCUGGCUGCUUCCUUCUCAUCUGCCCUCAAUGCCUCUUUCCUUGACAUUGAUGGAAAAAGCAAAGCAGGCCAGGACAGUGAUGAGGUGAAGUUAGACAUUGACAGUCAGCUGAAAGCAGCGUUUGAGGGAGAAAAACCUGUGGCCAUCAUUCAUCGUUUGGAAGAGCUGCCGCCAGGCUCCACUCUCAUUUUUUAUCGCUACUGCGACCACGAGAACGCUGCAUAUAAGCGGGUUUUCUUGUUGUUUUCUGUGCUGCUGCCUCAAGAUGAGAUCCCGAAGGAAAAGAGACUAAAAGAGGUGGAAGAGAUGGUGCAAGACUAUCUUAAGGAGAGGCUGGUGGACACCGGUGGCCAAACCUCCUUCAAUAUAAUGAAUAAUGAUAAGUUUGGUGGUCUGUGGAGUCGCAUCUCCCAUCUUGUCCUGCCUGUGGUGUCUGAGGUGGAGGAGAAAGGAUGCUAAAAAAAAACAAGCUGCCUGAUUCUUCUUUGCACUGUAGAAGGAGCUACGAGAAAGGAGAAACGUGGAAGUGUGAUGUGUGCUGUGAUAAUUGUGUUAUUCUUUCUCUCAGAGA